CCCCAUCACAGCCGACAACUGAGCAUAAGUCCUCUCCUGCCUUCUACAGCAUAUACAUACAUAUCAUAUAUAGUGAAGUCGUACCACAUAGCUCCUCUACAUCCAGAACCGCUGCGGCCUUUCACUUCCCAGUGUCACGUCCGCUCGUGUUUUUUGUUACUUCGAAGUCAACAUGUCAGCACCUGCUUCGGCCGACGACACUGCGAACUUCUAUACCUGCUGCAAAUGCUAUACGCCAACACGAUUGGACCCAUCUCUAUUGGAUGGUUCCCCAUACGAAGAAGUUGUUGGUGCCUUGACUGAACCUAUCAAGUCGGCGCAUAGAAGCGGAGUCGACGACCAUGGACGAGAUGCAUCCUCGGCAACAGGGCUAGAUUCACGAACGGACCGGCGGCGUCAUGGAAAGUCCGCUAUACCGAUCCAGGACUCCUUUGUCCUUCUUUCCAAAUCCCAGGUCGCAUCGCUACAUCUGACAAGUGUACUACCAGGAAAUCGAGGCGGUGUAGCAGAUGCAGGCGCGGGAGGAGGAACCGACGAUUCGGCCCAUCUGAGAGGGAGCUUGAGUCACAAGCUAAAGACAGCUGCAAAGCUGUUCGAUCUGGUCUCGCAGGCAACCGAUGUAGAUCAUCCCCUCUGUGAAGACUGCGCUGACGAGUUGAUGGUCAAGCUUGAGAAGCGUGUGCAUGAGGCACGAAAAGAGAAGGAUGCGUACGAGGCGUAUUUUAAGGCUCUGAUGGAGGAGGAGCACAAUGGGGAUCAACCGGAUGUGACUGAGGAAGACCUCACAAAGCUGAGAGAUGAAGAGCGGCAGGCACUGCAAACUUUGAAGAAUCUAGAGUCGGAACGAGAACAUCUGAACGCAGAGUUGGCCUCAGUCCAUAAAGAGCUCGAGGAUCUUGAAGUUUCAAAAUCAAGCCUAUGGCAAGAUGUGAAUGAUUUCGACAGCAAACUCCAAACGUAUCAGAAUGAGCGGCAAAGUGUCCAACUGAGUCACGCCUAUGUAUCAAAGCAGCUGGAGAGUCUGAAGAAGACCAAUGUCUACAAUGACACGUUCCAGAUUUGGCAUGAAGGACCCUUCGGGACUAUCAAUGGCUUCCGCAUGGGGCGAUUACCGACUCAACCGGUUGACUGGUCGGAAAUCAACGCUGCUAUGGGUCAAUCCCUUUUGUUGCUUGACACCAUGGCGAACAAGCUUCGCUUUACCUUCAAGAACUACAAGCUAGUUCCAAUGGGCAGCUUCUCAAGGAUAGAAAAGAUCGAUGGCGACAAGGGGACACUCGAACUGUACGGAUCUGGCGACCUCAAAGGCGUUCUCUUCUGGAACCGGCGAUUCGACAACGCGCUCGUGGCUUUCUUGCACUGCUUACAGCAGAUUGGGGACUACGCAGAACAGCGGGAUUCCAAGUUUCGGCUUCCCUAUAGAAUUGUGAAAGACAAGAUUGGCGACACCCCCAUCAAGCUGCAGUUCAACCAAGAUGAAACAUGGACCAAGGCACUGAAGUACAUGCUCAUCGAUCUGAAAUGGAUUCUGGCCUUCUGCUGCACCCGAAACUGAGGAAAAGGAUCACGAACCUCUGCACUCAACGGGCAUUCCCCUGUAAAUAUGCGUUUUCGUGCACGGCGCGGCGCUAGGCGUAUGACAGCUAUCACAUAUAGGUUUCGUUUCGCCUUCACUCGAUUUCAAUUCUGAAAGUUGAAAACUAUUUGUUUCAU